AUGAACAAUUUGGACUCCGCAAUGACUACUUUCUACAGGGCGUCGCUGCUUGUGCUUACUUGCAUUUACACAGCCAGUGGAUUGUCUUGCUACAGUAAUGAAGAGGUCAGUAUUUUACCUAUAACUUUUAAAUCACCUGAAGCUUUUUUAAUUGUUUCUUUUGUGAGCGUUAAAAGCAUUGUUGUCUGCGGGUUUUUAUUAGACCAAAAUUACAGGGAAUGGUGACAACAAUCGAUUCUCCCGAAAUAAAGUUUUGUGCUGUGAUACCAGAGCGGAUAGACGACGACGGCAAAGUGGAUAAUGCGCACAUGUUUGGCCUCACGAACGACGACAUUGCGGUCACCGAGCAAACCAAGAUUGACGCGCUGCUAAACGAGUCAAACGACGGCCACUCGGUUGUUGCGAUUUGCAUGCACGAGGUAUGUUUAAUUAAUCUUCCUAUCUUUCGGGACGACAUAUAUAAAAUUAUUUGUUUCUUUUACUAAUUUUGCGUUUUUCAGAAAUACGACAUGUACAAACUGGUGAUAAACUCUGGUCAGGUGAAUCCCAAAAUCGCCGCUCAAACCUUAUUGGGACAACAAGGCUCGAACUACGUCGUAAGGUGUGUUUGCAACACCGACCUAUGCAACAAAGGCGCAACAGUGGACGACUUUUACCGCAGUCAACGAUCCGUCUAA